GCAGCUCACCCUUUGUGCUGUUGCCUGAAGAUGGCUGUGUUUGGGAAAGCUGCUGGCACCCCGCUCAGCCCUAAGCAGCGGGGGCUUUGGGGGCUGAUGCUGCUCUGCUCUGUGGCUAUAUAUGGCUCCCACGCUCCCCUCCUCACCCUGUGCAAGGUGGAUGGUACGAUCCCCUUCAGCUCAUCAUCUGUGGUGGUUCUCAUCGAGCUGACAAAGUUGGUGCUCUCCCUCCUCUUCCUGCUGACCUGGGACCGGCAGCUGCUGGGAUUUGCAGUGUCCUGGCACCACGUUGCUCCCUUUGCCCUUUCUGCCCUGCUCUACGCUGCAAACAACAACCUCGUGGUUCACAUGCAGCUCUUCAUGGAUCCCAGCACCUACCAGAUCUUGAGUAACUUGAAAAUUGUCAGCACCGCGCUUCUCUACAGCCUCUUCCUACACCAAAGACUCUGUGUGCGCAAGUGGCUGGCGCUCUUUCUGCUGAUGGCUGCUGGGGUGAGCUACAGCUGCGGGGGCUUGCAGGACCCACAGGACUCUGGCAGCCCCUCUGCAAUGCAGCUGCACAUCACGCUGGUGGGUUUGUUGCUGAUCUUGGUGUACUGCCUGAUAUCGGGCUUGUCUGCUGUCUACACAGAAGCUAUCCUGAAAACCCAGGCGCUGCCCCUCAACCUUCAGAACCUCUUCCUUUAUUUCUUUGGGGUCCUGGUCAACUUGGUCGGCCACUUCUGGAGCAGCACAGAGAGAGGUUUCUUGGAGGGCUUUUCCUUCUGGGUGCUGGUGAUUGUGGUCAGUCAGGCCUUGAACGGUUUGAUUAUGUCUGUGGUCAUGAAGCACAGCAGUAAUAUCACCAGGCUCUUUGUGAUCUCCUGCUCCAUCCUGGUCAAUGCACUGUUGUCUGUCGCCCUCUUCAACCUGCAGCUCACCCUCCUCUUCUUCAUCGCUGUCUCAUGCAUCGGCCUCGCUGUUCACUUGUACUAUGGGGUGACAUAGCUGUGGCUUCCCUGCCCUGCAUGCACCAGGGCGGCCUUUAGCUGUUACUCAGGGGUGUGGGGUAUGCCUUGCCUGUGCUGGGCCUGGUGUUGGGUGCAGUGGUGCCUCCCUGCCCUUUUGUUUGCAGGAGGAGGCAGGGUGGCUCAGUGUGUGUCACUGGUGGCCUAAAGCAAAUGCACUUUGGGAGGGCAUUGCUUAGUGUGCUUCUGCCCAGGAAAGGGGGAGCAUGCCUGUGCAAGGCUCUGUGCUGAGGGGCGCCUUCUUUAUCCAGUAGGCCCAGGCUCUAGAGUGGAUCCUGAGCCCCUUGUCAUACAGUACAUUGCUCUUCAGCUGUUUUCCCCCAUCUUCAGCACACCAAAGCACACACCUGUCCCCUGUGCCAGUAAAUGCUGCUGCAGGGUUAGUCCUGGUGCACUGCUCAUGAGCAUGCAGCCAGCCUUGCUGCCAGAGCAGCGUGCUGCUGGCUGGAGAGCCCUGCACCAUGGCCGGGGGCUUCUCACACCCUUCCUCUUCCGUUUUCCAGCCUAAUCCUUAACCCAGCCCCUGGCUGAAGGUCUGGUGUCUUUGGGCCUUAGUUGUCUGUCCUGGGGACAGCACUGCUGUCUGCCUCUCUCUGACAGGAACUACAAUGGGAGUUGUAUCUGUCCUCCAAAGAGGAAACAGCACCUGAAUUUGUACAAGUGCUGUGUGGCUAGUGAAUUCCUGGUGGGCAGAAGUCACUGCUAGCUCUGGUAUGGUUAUUAAAGCUGUGGUUUAACAAUG